GAGUUGUUCAGUUUGGGAGCUAGAACAUUUCUAGUUCCUGGGAAGUUUCUGACUGGAUGUUAUGCUGCUUAUUUAACCAAAUUUAAGACAACAAACAUGAAGGACUACGACUCUUUAACCGGAUGCUUGAAGUGGCCUAAUGAGUUUUCUGAGUACCAUAACGAGCACCUUAAGACAGAACUCAAUAGACUCCAAAAGCUUUAUCCUAGUGCCACCAUCAAAUAUCCCAACUACUAUGAAGUUGUGUUACGGUUUUACCGUGAACCGACACAAUACGGUGCGCAUCCAAAAUCCUUCUUAGACUACAUAUUCUCACAGUUAUGUAUUUUACCAAGAUUCAUGAAGAGAAUAUGUAGUCUAAGAAGGAUUUUGGAUGCCGCCUAUCAAAGGUGA